AUGCCCCGCCGCGCUUCCACCCGUACCACCACCACCCACGUCGAGCAGCCAAUACAUCAGCCCUCUGCCGCCUCUUCUGCUGCCCCGGCGUUGCCCUCUGAGCUCGUCGUACUCCGGACAAACUGGAAAUGGGCCGCGUUAAGUCAGUUUUUCUUCACCUUUUCCCAGUUAAUGGCCAUGGACGACCUAUCAUUGAACGACAUCGAAGAAGAUCUAGUGCAAGGAAACAACAUAUAUCUGCCCCGCGUCAUGCAGAGACUAUUGUAUACACUCUCAUACGAUCGUAAAGUGACGUCGAGCAACUGGCAAACGGCCCUGCGAAAACAGUAUUACAAGCGUGACCCGGCCGCGAACCCGAUAGGACCUGAACCGUUCCUUAGCGCGUCAAAGUCCCACACUCGGACAACUUCGCUCGCCACACCCGAUCCCCAAUCUCGCGCAAAGACUGAAGACUCUGAGAUGGUCGACAAAGUCAAGAACGAGACGCCAGCUACGUCUGUUCCACCUGAAGAAAUCAAAUCUGACAUUGGACAAAACGAGGAGACCGUCAAAUCUGAGACCCCUGCCGUGGAAGAGCUUGCACAGGAAGAAGAACAGGAAGAAGAAGAGUCCAGGGAUUGGCUCGAGUUGUCCAUGCUCGAAAAACUCGACUCCAUGUAUCUCUUGAUGGAAUGGCAGUUCCAAAAUGCAACACGACUCCGCACUCUGAUGAAAUCGGAUGACGACCUGGCAACCUGGCGGAUCGAACCCAUUGGGUAUGACUCCAAGAGGAAUGCCUACUGGCUAGUGGGUGCCGACCGAUUGUGGAUACAACGAGAGCCUCCCAGACCCCCGCGGUCUUCGAAGAGCCUUAAACGCAAGAGACCAGAACCCAAGGUCAAGAACAAGAAGGGGAAAGCUGCCACCACAAAACGCGCGCGCAUAGAGCCGCCUCCCAAAAGAGGCAAGGGAAAGGGCAAAGCCAAGGAACCUUCACCUCCCGUUGGACGUCGUGGUCGCGCUGCCAAAGCCCAGGCAAACAUCAAGCUUGACGCCCAGGCUAGGGAGUUGGCGGAACUAAACCGACAGGCUGCUGCUCUUGAUCGGAGCGGUGGUGGUUUGAGAACGUCAAGUAGACGACAGCCCGCACCUCCACCUAAACCCACACCAAGGGGUACGCGGAACAGCGCACGGUUAAGAGGUGCUCAGAACGACGAUGAAUGGCAGGCGGUUCCGGAGGAGUGGCUGAAUGAAGGCGUUAAUGGCAGCAGGAACACGAGAAGCAAAAAUUUGAUGUCUAAAGCUGGUUUAGAGAGCGAAGGGAGUAGUAUCAGUGAUUUAACUGACCUUAGCGAGGAAGAGAGUGAAGAGAAACCUGAAGAGGAAGAUGAGGACGAGGAAGAGGAUGAGGAAGAAGAUCAAGAGGAGGCAGAGACAGAGGAAGACGAGGAAGAUGAUCUUCCGGAACCCGUCGUCGAGCAACCAGAGGAACAAUACCAGACACCUGCAGACUUUGUUGAAUGGGAGACCAUAUGCGUUACUCUGGACGAAUGGGAGCACGUAGCGGAGCGCUGGCAGAAUGCUACCCAUUAUGCAGAGAAAGCACUGUACAAAGUCUUAACAACCUCUAUUGUUCCAGUUAUCACCGAGGAGCUUCGAGAAGUCGCCCGCAAGAAAAAGAUUGAGGAGGCUGUCGUACAUCGCAAACGUUCAUCUCGCAUAGCUAUCAAGGAAUCUGUGCGCGAGGAAGCUCGCCUGGCAAUUGCGAAGAAAGCUGAGGAGGAGGAAAAGAUGAGUCGAGCCAGACGUGCUGAGGCCAGGCAGCAGAAGGAGGAAGAGGCCCGUCAGAAACGGGAGAACGCUCGCGAGCAACGAAGAAAAGAACGAGAAGCCCGGGAAGCGCAAGAAGCCAAAGAGGGAAGCGAGAGCGCUGGCACACAGGUCGAUGUCGUCGGUAAUGGGACUGCUGUCGAGCGACAAGCCAACGGCCGCCGCGCUUCGAACGGUGUUGCCAGUGGAUCUCGUACUCCGGCUGGCGAAGACUGGGAACUGGAUUGCGAGAUAUGCCUUCGUCGUGGUAUCAAUCUCGAUGAUGGAGUUCCUAUGAUGUGUUGUGGAUCAUGUUCCAAGUGGCAGCAUAUAUCUUGUCAUGAUCAAGCUGACGUUCGAUCUGGUCGCCCAAGAAGGAACUGGGAGCAAGUUGAAUUUAUCUGCCGAAACUGUAUGCAGACAAAACGACAAUCUCACUAUUCCAAUGCGCAUCCACCUCCUGCAGCAGGUCGCGACCAGUAUCUUGCGCUGCGUACUCCUGGAUCUGUCACGUCGACAAGCAGCUCUUAUGGCAAUUACAAUACUCCGGUGUAUCCCGGAUACAAUCCCUACUCACAACCUACCAAAAGCUACAAUCACCAGCAAAUGUCCGAUGUACGUUCAAAUGCUGCACCAACUCAGCCAUCCUAUCCGCCUCAGACGAAGGCCAUAUCAUUCACCCACUACCAACCCCAGCAACGCGGUUUCUCUCAGACACAUUCUUCUUAUAACGCGGCUCCUUAUGUGCAACCGUAUGGACAAGCAGCCCCUGCUGGACAAUAUGGGCAAUACGCAGAGUCGACAACGAAUGGAUCAAAUGGUUAUGCAUAUCCGGUAAGCUGA